AUGGAACCAGGUAAUGAUACACAAGUUUCAGAGUUUGUUCUUCUGGGAUUAUCAGAGGAAACAGAGGUGUACCCCCUCUUAUUUGGGCUUUUCCUCUCCAUGUACCUGAUCACUGUGUUUGGAAACCUGCUCCUCAUCCUGGCCGUCAGCUCUGACUCCCACCUCCACACCCCCAUGUACUUCUUCCUGGCCAACCUGUCCUUUAUAGACAUCUGUUUCACCUCCACCACCGUCCCCAAGAUGCUGUGGAACAUCCAGGUUCAGGGCAAAACCAUAACAUACACAGGCUGUAUCAGCCAGAUUUUCUUUUUCAGUGUGUUUGGAUUAGUGGAGAAUUUACUCCUGACGGUGAUGGCUUAUGACCGCUUCGUGGCCAUCUGUCACCCCCUGCACUACACAGUCAUCAUGAACUGCCAACUGUGUGGACUGCUGGUUCUGGUGUCCUGGGUCAUCAGUGUUCUGAAUUCCUUAUUACAGAGCUUAAUGCUGUUGCGGCUGUCCUUCUGCACAGGCAUGGAAAUCCCCCACUUUUUCUGUGAACUCAAUCAGGUGGUUGGCCAUGCCUGUUCUGACGCCUUUGUUAAUGACAUGGUGAUGUAUUUUGGAAUUGUGGUGCUGGGUUGUCCUCCCAUGGCUGGGGUCCUUUACUCUUACUCCAAGAUUGUUUCCUCCAUAUGUGGAAUAUCGUCAGCUCAGGGCAAGUACAAAUCAUUUUCCACCUGUGCAUCUCACCUCUCAGUUGUCUCCUUAUUUUAUUGUACAGUCCUAGGAGUGUACCUUAGCUCUGCUGAUACCCAGAGCUCCCACGCAAGUGCAGUGGCCUCGGUGAUGUACACGGUGGUCACGCCCAUGCUGAACCCCUUCAUCUACAGCCUGAGGAACAAAGACAUAAAGAGGGCUCUGAAAAGAAUCGUUGAAAUCUCUUCUACCUGUGUGAUCAGAGGACACUUCACAGGAGAGCUGAUGUCCUGCUGGUCGUGUGGUUCAGAAUCACCAGUUCUUCUGCACAAACAUGCAUGUCCUUCAAACUCUCCCAGUGACUCAGAAGGGAGCCCACAUCCAGUCACUUGUUCAUAA